CACAAUAAUACGAAGCGGAACGUUUCGAGCAACACGUACAGUUCGUAUAAAGUUGCGUCUGAAAAUUCGAAGGAUGCCGAGUUCCAGUACAGCGUGAACUACAGUAAUUUACAAGAAACGAAUUAUCUGCAACGAAGCAUCUCCGCGGACAAUGUUGUAAUACAUUCCCGCGGUUUCAAACCCUCUGAUAGGCACGAUCCUGUGAAGAGGAAUUUCCUUGAGAAUCUUACAAGACAAAUACUGCAUUUCGAUAUGGGAAAAUGUUCGCGUCGUCGUACUUUUAUGCACCGACACACCCGACCGUUGAGGACCAAGUUGAACUCGCUCGGCGAAUUUCACAUUCGUUGAGCGACGUGAAAAACAUGAAAAGCAAAGGCCAGUCUAUGUACGUGAAUAGAAAGAAACGAUCGGUCAAGUGGAUCCACGAUGGCAACGGAUAAGAUCCCUCUGAAGUGCAUGAUGAAUCCACAUGGGAAAGUGUUGGAUAUACACGGUAUUCAAGCUCUGGGUGAAGAAGUAAAUAUCGAGCCGAUGCCGAAGAAUCCGGAGAAACUGUUCGACAUUGUUCGUGAUUUGAACAAUCAAAGAGGCCGUGGCGCGGAGAUAUUUGCGAAACGCAGGAAAAGAUCGGAAAAGUGGGUCGUGGACAAGGAUCAACAGCCACAGACGCCAACUACGGCACCUGGUAUGCCAAAAACGCCAACGUAUCCGGGGAAAUCGGUAAGAUUUUUUUUACCACGACGGUCACAGAUACCAAUAAUAGCCAUGUCAUUCAAAGUAGUAGUUGAAAAUAAUAAUCGU